AUGAGCAGCGACCCUUCUAUUCUAGUAUCUGAAGACGUUCACAAAAGCGCUGUUAUUAUAGGUGAUGACAUCUCCUGCAUCAUUUGGCUUGAUGCUAAUGUGAACACGAAUGAGCGCCGAAGUGCAGAGCAAAAAUUAGCCUCAAUUGUUAAGCAUUUCGAGAAGUUUCAAGAUAAAGAACAGUGUCAGAAAUAUAUUGAAGAGCAAUCAGAAAAAGAUCGACUGGUAAUGAUUGUUAGUGGCCAAUUGGGAAAAGAAAUAGUACCUUCUGUUCAUAAUCUCCAACAAGUUAUGUCAAUAUAUGUGUAUUGUAUGAAUAAAGAAAUCAAUAAACAAUGGGCUUCCAGAUUUAUCAAGGUAAAAGGUGUUGUUGUUCAGCUUGAUGAACUUAUUUCUCGCAUUACGAUUGAUCAUAACAUUCAGAAAAUGAUGAAGGAACCAUUGCCAACAACUAAUGUUACUGCACAUGCUGACACAGGAAAGCGUGGCAAUGUCGUCGAUGAUGAAAUUUUAAAAUUAGCCAAGAAUGAAAUAAUAUGCGCUCUUCGCUUGGAAAAACAUGAAAUAAAAGAUACAAUUAUAAAUGAUUUGUUAGAAAAUGGUCGACAAGCAUUGUCUAAGUAUAAAGAUGAGUUCGCACCAAAAGUCUAUACAGCAGCAAUAAAUGAAAACGAUGGCCAAUUGAUGACAUCUCUGAAAAAAUACUUUGAACAACAAUGGAAAAUAAAAUAUGGUUCUUCAAAUCAGUGGUUUAUUUCAUUGUUAGAAGAAUAUAAAGAUGCCGUCAAUUAUGAUUCUGUUCUGAAGCGUACAGCUGAAUAUGGACAUAAAUACUUCAAAGAUUGCCCAAUCUUAUCAAUUGUUUUGCAACUUCUAUUUGAAGUUCAACCUAAAGUGGAAGCUGCUAUAUUAGUAAACGAACAGUCAUGUGUGUUUGAUCAAGAUACUCAGAUUUCGUGGAAGUUCAGUGGCAUCGGAAAACUACGAGUUAUAUGGUUCUUCAAGGGUCAACCACUGCCGAUCAAUGAUCGCUUGCAAGUAACGGACACUGAUGAUGGAGCAUCGACAUUAACAAUUCGUCAAGCUGAAUUUGAUGAUGAAGGUGUCUAUACUGUUCAAGCAAUCAAUGCUUUUGGUAUAGCUGAAGCUCAAACAACAUUAAAGAUCGAUUGCAUCAAACCUCACAUCAAUGUUAAUCUUGAUACUACAUUGAUAGUGGCUAAAGGUGCAACAUUGACACUAAAAGUUAUCGCCAGUGGAGCCCCGAAACCUCACUAUGUCUGGAUGAUAGGCAACGACGAAAUUGUACCCCUAUGGUCGCAUUAA